UAGAACUCGAUUUAUAAAAAUUAUAAAUAAUAUAAUAGUUCGUAUCUUUUAUUAAUCGAAUCUAUAUUAUAGUAUAUUUAUGAUUUAAUAAGGAAUAAUUUGAAAUUUAUUGGAAGUUUAGUUUCUUGCCGUUUUUUAUUGUAUCAUGUUGUGUUUAUGUUCUUUCGAAUGGUAUUAGAUCUAAACGAACGCGAUGGACUGUCCGGCACUUAUUAAUAUAUUUCAUACUCCUAAAAUAAUAUGGUAUCAAACGGAUAAUACAAUUGGUAUCCGUGUUAUGUUACAAGACGUUAAGGACUAUUUUCUUAGGGUCGAAAUCGACCAUUUAUUUUUUAGCACCAUAUUGAACGACAAAGAAUAUUAUCUAAGUUUGUAUCUAUUUGGCAGUGUGAUACCAGAAGAAACUACUCAUCUCAAUUUGGAAAGAGAAAUUAAAAUCAAUCUCAUAAAGGCAUUUAAAUGGUUACCUUGGUUAAGAUUAUUAAAUAAUAAGGAAAAAUUUCCUUAUGUAGUUCAUGAUCUAGAACGUCUAUAUGAACCAAGUUGGAGGAAGGAUGAAAAAAAGAGAAUUGUUUUAGAUGAUGAACACAAAAUAGCUGAGUAUUUGCGCACACAAAAUAUUUUGCCCGAUGAUGAAUAUACCAAUGAUGAAGAUUCCGAUGAAUGGCUAGACAAUGAAAUGCUAGAUGAUUUAUUGUUUUAAUACAUUUAUUACUACUAGCCGUAAA